ACUGUGGCACUGCAACUCAGUGAUACGACAGCCGGCAGCAGAGCUCCUUAUUGCCUCCCAUAGAUCCGAUAUUGGUAAUUUUAUUGAUUAGUUAACGGACAAAUCAGGCGACUUAACGGCUUCUCUUCCCUGUGCAGCCAUUAGCUUAAACGCUGAGGCUAGGUAACUACAGCAUUUUAAUUUGUGCAGCUAGCUAGUGGGUGGCUAGCUGAUUAACUUGUGAUGGUCAGGAGAUCUUUAUAAUAACGAAGGAGAAGCUGAGAUGGGAGACAGCGAUGGGGAGGACUCUAAGGAGACACCUGAGCUGCCUGUGGAGAUCAUAGUUUACAUCCUGAGCUUUCUUCACGCUUCAGACAGGAAGGAAGCCUCGCUGGUCUGCCGCAGCUGGUACCAUGCCAGCCAAGACCUGUGCUUUCAGAAGAACGUCACCUUCUGCUUCCCGGCCACGUCCUCGUCCCUGGAGCUGGUCAGAGGUCUGGGCAGAAGGUCACACUGCAGUCUGAUCAUCAGCCAGCUGGAUGGCUUCAGUAUGUCCAGAUCACUGCUUCUGGAGGUGGGUCUGUGUCUGGGCUCUAAACUGGAGAGCUUGGCCCUGCCUGGUAGCAGCAUAACAGAGGCCUCUCUCCUGAGCCUCCUUCCUCGCCUCACCUCCCUCCGCAGGCUGGACCUCAGGGGCCUGGACAGCCUCUUCAUGUCCGGAGCUUUCCUCUCCAGGGAGGAGCACAGGCAGCAGGUCAGAUCGGCUCUGUCUGGUCUGGAGGAGCUGGACCUUUCCGACCUGCGCUACCUCUCUGACCUCACCUUCAAUCGGCUCACCGGCUGCACCCCGCGCCUCCGCCGCCUCUCGCUGGCCGGCUGCCAUAUCGCUUUUGAGUUUGACCCGUACCGAGGGUGCCCGGUGGGAGCCGUCGAGGACUCGUCAGCAUUACUGUCUCUGAGGAACUUGAAGAGGUUGUUAACAGAGCAGAAAUCCACCCUUGUAGCUCUGGACCUCAGCAGAACCUCCAUCACUCCUGAGUCACUUCGCACUAUUGCACAGGUUCAGGAUUUGGUCUUAGAAGAACUGUGUCUGCAUGGCUGCAAGGAGCUGACCGACUACUCGGUGGAGGUUCUAGUGAAACACCAGCCGAGCCUUAAGAGACUGGACAUCAGUGCCUGCACUGAGCUGACCAGCAGGUCUGUGGAGGCUGUAGCACGGGGCCUAAAGUCGCUGACGCACCUCUCCUUGUCCCGCGACUGGAGGAUCACUGAAAAAGGUCUCGCUGAGCUGCUGUCUGUGUCGUCCCUGAGGAGCCUGGAUUUGUCCGAGUGUCUGCACAUCAGUGGAGCAGAGAUAGUGAAAGGCUUGAAGGGGUCCAAUGCUGCCAGAGCACAGCUGGAGACGCUCAGCCUCAAGAGUUGCACCUACAUUAGGGAUCUUGCAGUUUUCUCUCUCACUCAGCUUCUUGGGGCUACUCUCUGUGAGCUGGACCUGACCUCGUGCGUCAACGUGACUGACCUGUCUGUGCGCGCUAUCGCCACCUACCUGCAGAGGCUGGUAGUUCUGCGGCUCGGUUGGUGCAAGAAAGUCACAGACUGGGGUUUGCUAGGGAUGGUGGAAACAAGCCAGUGCGAUUCUGACGAGGAGACGGGAGAAAAGGGUCCCAGGUUUACCCGGACCUUCGGCAACAUGGGCUUCUUCAAGCCUCCUCGUCUGCCUUUUGAGGAGCGACCCAAGCUGGUGACACAGAAUGACCUGGAGCAGUUCAAACUGCAGGCCGGAGCUUCACUUUUAGCUCUCAGCAGACUCCAGGAGCUGGACCUCUCUGCCUGCCCUAAACUCACUGACAGCAGCAUCACACAGGUGGUGCGCCACCCAGACCUCCACCGUCUGUCUCUCUCCAUGCUCCCAGAGAUCACUGACGCCAGCUUGGCGUCGAUAGGCUGGCACUGCCGCAGCCUCACCAGCCUGGAUCUCAGCCACUGCCCAGGUAUCAGUGACCGCGGAGUAGCACAGGCUGCACCAUACCUCCACAGACUGCAGCAUCUCUACCUCUCCUGUUGUAAAAGCAUCACUGAUAGAUCCUUGUUCCUCCUGGCGCAGCACUGUAAGCGUCUGAGAACUUUGGACGUCUCGAGGUGCAAAAACAUCUCCGCAACAACGAUAGACCUCCUCCAGUCACAGCUGCCCUUCUUGGAAAACGUCAACUAUAAAUUUAUAGGUGGGUCUGAUCUCACUCUGACACUCUGACUGAAUGUCCUGCAUGACCACUGGACCUUUUCAGUAACAGAACUCGCUGACCAAAGCCUGCUCCAGGAGUCGAGCUUUUGCACAUGUCAGCAUUUUGCACACGAACUGAAGAAAAUAUUGAUAAGUUGUCAGUUUACAGUCUGAGCUACUGUAAAACCCACCAUCUAUAGGUCAGCCUGUAAGUGAUUUUGGCAUAGGCAGGUACCACUUGUAAGAAACGCCUCUGCCUGUACGGUUAAACAUUUCCUAAGUGUGUUCAUGCCUGGAUUCAAACAGUCAAACCAGGAAGACAAGAAUGUAUCUGGCUGAGAACGUGCUAACCCCACACACCACUUUUAGCUGUUUGAUGUAAUAUAUAUAUUCAGUUUAUGUGGUGCAUCAUCACUGAGGACACAGAUUUCAUCCAAGGAAGGCAUUUCAGGGUGCGGUGUUCAUGCAUGAGAAUCAAAUGAGUCAUAAUGAGAAUGUGAUUUGGUUUCGUGUACAUUUGUAUCCAGGCCACACAAAUCAGAGAUUCUGCUUGUCAUAUUAAUUGUCUGGUAGUGACAAGGUGUUUUUAUCUAAGUUAAAAGGUAUAUAACAGUAUAUCAGAUGGUACUUAUAAAAUGUCCCUUAAGAAGUGAUUUUGUUGAGACUGAACGUUAUUUUUUAAUAUAUAAAAAUAAUGUAAAUAUACAUCUAAGAAUUAGAUGUAUGAUUUAAGAUGACAGAUUAGCCAUAGACUAAAUUCUACACCGUAUUUGCAUAAUGACGUUCCAUUUUUUUUUUGCUUUGAGCACUAAAAAGGAGGAAAGGCUUACUUUAAAUGCUCACACUUGUAUGCUUCUGUUUUUUGACUUUGGCUGCAUACUUUUUAUUUUAAUUUCUUGAUAAUUCCUUCUUUUUUUUAAAAUAACCAAACACUGCAAUAGCACAAACUGUAGUAUUGAACCAAUUUUCAUUCAUAUAAGGGACCGUCACUCCUUUUUUUUAGUCUUGCUCAAGCACUGUAGUCUAAUUAAAUAAAUUAUCACUUAAUACUGUAUGCACAUUGAUGAAAAAGUUUGUACUGUUGUAACGGAGUAUGGCACAGAGAGACCUACAGACGGUCAAGAUGAAGAAUCAAGUUAAGAGGUGGUGAUUUUAUAAAUAAACCAAAGUUUGGCAACUAUG